AGUAGUUUGACUGCUGUGAAGUUGCGCAUGAGGCUGACCGAUUCCAGCGCUUAGAAACCACGGAAAGUCUGCCUUGUUUUUACCUAAAACUAAAUGGCUCGGAUUUACAGUCGAUUCAACACAUGCAGAUGAGCGAUUAAGCGUUUGACUUCAGUUUGGAAAUGCAAUUCGACUGAAUUUAAAUUGAGACGCCUGACGCUCGAGCUGCCAUGCACGUGUGUAGCUUCGUGGGCUCUGUGCUCCUCCUCCUAUUCAUCAGCAGGAUCAUGGAUGGCUCUGUUGCCAGCACAGAGGAGAUCUUGCCUCCCACUAUUCAAAAGCUGAUGAAGGGAUACAACAAGUACCUUAGGCCAUUCUUUGGGAAUAAUCCUGUUAGUGUAGGCAUGAGUCUGGAUAUUGCCAGCAUAUACACAAUAUCAGAAAUCAACAUGGAUUACACAGCCACCAUUUUUCUCCGCCAGCGCUGGACAGAUGAACGCUUGUGCUUUGAUGGCAAUAAAAGCUUAAGUUUGGAUGGAAGACUGGUGGAGCUCCUCUGGGUCCCCGACACAUUCAUUGUGGAUUCAAAGAAAUCCUUCCUGCAUGACAUCACUGUCGAAAACAGACUGAUCCGGAUAUUUCCCAACGGAACUGUGCUGUAUGCCCUGAGAAUUACAACCACAGUGGCCUGCAGUAUGGACCUGACCAAAUACCCCAUGGACAGCCAGACAUGCACCCUUCAACUUGAAAGCUGGGGAUAUAAUGUGAAAGAUGUUGUUUUCUACUGGACUCGGGGGAACCAAUCCGUUAGCGGUCUUGAUCAUUUACAACUAGCUCAAUAUACACUUGAGGAUCAUUAUACAUCAGAAUCUGAGGCUGUUUAUGAGACUGGCAACUACCCAAAGUUGAUCUUUCACUUCAAACUCAAGCGGAGCAUCUUAUAUUUCAUUCUGGAGACGUACGUGCCUUCUAGUGCACUGGUGGUUCUGUCCUGGGUCUCGUUCUGGAUCAGUCAGUCAUCGGUACCAGCUCGCAUCUGCAUCGGAGUGACGACAGUUUUGACCAUGACCACACUGAUGAUGGGGGCUCGUACUUCUCUGCCCAACGCCAACUGCUUCAUCAAAGCCAUUGAUGUGUAUCUGGGCAUCUGUUUCAGCUUCAUCUUUGGUGCGCUGAUUGAAUACGCAGUCGCCCAUUUCUGCACAUUACACCAGCCAAAUGCUGCCAAUGCGUACAUGUAUGGACAGGAAAUGCAGGAGCGGGAGGAUGAGAUGAACGGCAUCAUCACCUCCAUCGGCAGCCACGCCCUACGAGCCCGUAAGCGGGAGGAGAUGCUGUCUCGGGUGGGCGACGCUGGUGGCCCCACCCCUAGCGACAGCAAGGAGGAGAUCAGCUCUUCUCAUCCCCAAAACCGAUGCACAAAGUGCAUGGCAGUAACACGGAGAGUCGUGCGCUGUUGCAAAAUAGAGAAUCCACACUAUAUAGAUAACUACUCACGACUGACCUUCCCCCUCUCCUUCAUUAUGAUCAACCUCAUCUACUGGAUCUAUUACCUUUACUUCUAGAGCUCUUGCCAUCCGUGUGUGUGUUGAGGAGUUUUUAAAGAUGUAUGUGUAAGGCUAUGUGCUCCUUUUUCUGUUUCACAGUUUUCUUGAGGGUUUAUACUCGUACAUGUCAGCAUGGGUUUCAGUUCAAUUAAUGUUUCGAAUAUGCAUCAGGAUUCGACUUUGGACUGUGUAGAUUUAUGCAAAUUUGUACAAUAUGUACAGCUUGACGAUUAAUAUCCGUCUGUGUGUCUGAAAUAUGUGGCCUUCAUUUUCAAAUGGAGCUUCAUUCGCAUUCAACAAAAUUGGUCUGGCUGUAAAUUGCUAGAUAAGUUUCUAAGCACAAAAAUACAAGAUGGACAAAAACAAGCAAUAGUUGAAACUAAAGUUAAAGAAAACAACUGGUAAAUUGAACAUGGAAAUAGUUUCAGCGAGUUGACAGCUCCAAGGUACAGUAAUAAGAAGCUGGACCAAAGACUUUAUUGAUAAAACAUCACUUCUGUAUGAAAAAUUUGAACCUAUAAACCUUCAUCAUUUUUUUGGAAGGUAUGCUUUGAACAAAUACGCAAGUAUAUGUCUUGUUUUUGUGUUAUCAACUGCAUAACAUGUAGGCUAUCUACUAUUUUUUUAUUCAUUUGGAACUUAUCUGUGUGAUGUUUAUUAAAAUGUUGUCCUAUGGGGGAUAGCAGAUCUGAUUGUGAAUGAUUCUGUAUUAUUUGCAUGAUAAUUGCCGUACAUUGUUGUUUUUAUUUAUGUAUUUACUAGGCCUCUGUGAUCUAAUUAAAGUAGGCCCAAAGUUUUGCAAAUUCCAAAAAUAAGGUGUACCUUUUAUUAAUGUCACGUAACACUUUAAUUUUAAUUUUAUUUUUUAAAGAAGUCUUGUUUCAUUUUAUUACUGUUAAUGUCAUAUUUACUGUUGUUAUGUCAUAGAGUUGGAAGGUUUUAGUACCUUUUUCAAAAAGGUUUUCACCUGAUCUCUGCGAGUACAUCAUUUCUUUAACUGCAAAUGUCAAAUAUUUUUGCUGAAACCAUGAUGUACAAAUGUUUUGUGUUUAUUGCACAGGGGUUCUCAAUUACAAAAGCAAUAUGAAUUUCCUAAUAAGCAUUUUGUUUUGAUAUCUACUUGCUGAAUACUGAAAAUAAUGUUUGCCAAAUAAUAUUAAAAAUACUGUUAUUUUAAUCAUGCAUGAAAGUUAUGGAGGCAGUAACCAUGUAGCCGUUCCUUGCAUGGAAAUUCUGAUGCAUCAGUUUUCAGAUAUUUGAAUAAAAUAAAA